AGAAGCGGUGAUUGAAGAGGAUAGCAGAACGGCGGUGGCGACGACGACGGCCAUCUUAGAGCUACCGUGGUAACCGACACACUCAUCUCCUGGAUUUAAUUUUUCUUGUAAGACAAACACUCCGCCUGACUGACGAAGGGAAGAGGAAGAAGAAGACGGCUGUUUUUGACUUCGCCGCGGUUGAACUCGAAGUCGGGAUGCGGUUCCGAGGGAACAAGCAAUUUGCAUCCGCAGUCGGACUGGUCCUCGGACUAUUAUGUGCGGUGGAGGCAGCUAAAGUUAAUAAGCACAAACCAUGGAUUGAGACAACGUACCAUGGGAUCGUAACAGAAAAUGACGACAAAGUUCUUCUGGACCCUCCUCUGAUUGCACUGGACAAAGAUGCUCCUCUACGCUACGCAGAGAGUUUUGAGGUGACCCUCACUGAAGAAGGUGAGAUUUGCGGCUUCAGGAUCCACGGGCAGAAUGUCCCUUUUGAGGCAGUGGUCCUGGACAAGUCCACUGGAGAGGGGGUUAUCAGGGCAAAGGACAAGCUGGACUGUGAGCUGCAGAAGGAGCACACCUUCACCAUCCAAGCCUACGACUGUGGAGAGGGUCCUGAUGGUGCCAACAUGAAGAAGUCUCAUAAGGCCACUGUCCACAUCCAGGUGAACGACAUCAAUGAGUAUUCACCAGUGUUCAAGGAGAAGUCCUACAAAGCCACCGUCAUCGAGGGAAAGAAAUACGACAGCAUCCUGAAGGUGGAGGCGGUGGAUGCCGACUGCUCGUUCCAGUUUAGCCAAAUCUGCAACUACGAGAUUGUGACCCCUGAUGUGCCCUUCACCAUCGACAAGGAUGGCUUUAUCAAGAACACAGAAAAACUGAGCUAUGGCAAAGAGCGCAUGUAUAAACUGACCGUGACCGCCUACGACUGCGGAAAGAACCGAGCCUCUGAGGACGUGCUGGUGAAGAUCAGCGUCAAGCCCACCUGCAAGCCCAGCUGGCAAGGCUUCAAUAAGAGGAUUGAAUACGAGCCUGGCACUGGUAGUUUGGCCCUUUUCCCCAGCAUGCACUUGGAGACCUGUGAUGAGCCAAUCACGUCCAUCCGGGCCAGUAUUGAACUGGAAACCAACCAUAUUGGAAAGGGCUGUGAUCGUGACACCUACUCUGAGAAGUCUCUGCAUAAGUUGUGUGGAGCCAGCUCCGGCACUGUGGAGCUCCUUCCUGCUCCCAGCAGCUCUGCUAACUGGACCGUAGGGCUGCCAACCGAUAACGGCCACGACAGCGAUCAGGUGUUUGAAUUUAAUGGCACCCAGGCCAUCAAGGUUCCUAAUGGUAUGGUGAGCACCAGCCUGAAGGACCCCUUCACCAUUUCUGUGUGGAUGAGACAUGGCCCUGGGGCCCACGAGAAGGAGACCAUCCUGUGCAACUCUGACAAAGCGGAGAUGAACAGACACCACUACUCGCUCUACGUCCACAACUGCAGGCUGAUCUUUCUCCUACGCCAGGAGCCAUCUGAGGCAGAGAACUAUAAACCCGCAGAGUUUCACUGGAAGCUCGACCAGGUGUGUGACAAAGAGUGGCAUCACUAUGUGCUUAAUGUGGAGUUCCCCACUGUUUCUGUAUUUGUGGAUGGGACUACCUUUGAGCCCUUCUUGGUUACGGAGGACUACCCACUGCACGCCUCCAAGAUAGAAACUCAGCUCACGAUUGGUGCCUGCUGGCAAGAAAACUCAGGACAUGACAAUGACACUGAGACAGUCUCUGAGCCCAGUUCAGGUGGAAAUGCUCGAAUGGCGCAGUUUUUCCGCGGUAACCUAGCGGGGCUGAUUAUCCGCACCGGCAAGCUGGAGAACAAGAAGGUGAUCGACUGUUUGUACACGUGCAAAGAAGGACUGGACGUGCAGCUGCCUGAGGAGGUAGCUUCAGCUAUCAAGGUGGAAUUCAACCCCAACCAGUCCUCUCUGACUGUGGAAGGUGACGACAUCGAUGCCUUUGACAAGGUCAUGCAGCACAUCUCCUACUUAAACUCCCGGCAGUUCCCAACCCCUGGAAUCAGGCACCUGCGUAUCUCAACCACAGUGAAAUGCUUUAACGAGGAGUCCUGUGUAACGGUGCCAGAUGCUGAAGGUUACGUGAUGGUGCUGCAACCAGAAGAACCCAAGAUCAGCCUGAGCGGCAUUGACCACUUUGCCCGCAGUGCAGCUGAAUUUGAGAGCCAGGAAGGAGUGACGCUGUUCCCCGAGCUACGCAUUGUGAGCACCAUCACCCGUGAAGUGGAGGCCGACACAGAGUCUGAAGCUGCAGAGGGAGCUGAUGAUGACCCUACAGUCCAAGAGACGGUGGUGUCGGAGGAAAUCAUGCACAACCUGGACACGUGUGAAGUGACUGUGGUGGGAGACGAGCUGGACGGAGAGCACGAGAGCCUUGAAGUGGACAUGUCCCAGCUGCAGCAGCGCAGCUUAGAGAUGAGCUCAUCCAACAUGGGGCUCGUCAUCACCGGUGUGAACACCAUGGCCAACUACGAGCAGGUCCUGCACCUUAUCCGUUACAAGAACUGGCACACUGAGGCUCUCUUUGACAGGAAAUUUAAACUGGUCUGCUCUGAACUCAAUGGUCGCUACAUCAGCAACGACUUUAAGGUCGAGGUUAAUGUAAUCCACACGGCCAGUCCCAUGGAGCAUGCCAACAAUGCCAUGGUGCAGCCCAACUUCAUCAACCCUGUCCAUCACGCCUCUGUGGAUCUGUCUGGGCAUAAUUUGGUCAACGCUCAUCAGGCCUCAGUGGUUCCCAGCGCUGCCACCAUCGUCAUCGUGGUGUGCGUCAGCUUCCUGGUGUUCAUGAUCAUCCUGGGCGUGUUCCGCAUCCGAGCUGCACACCAGCGCACCAUGAGGGACCAGGAAAACGGCAAGGAGAACGAGAUGGACUGGGACGAUUCAGCCCUCACCAUCACCGUAAACCCCAUGGAGACGUACGAGGACCAGCACAGCAGCGAGGAGGAGGAGGAAGAGGAGGAGGAGAGCGAGGACGGCGAGGAAGAAGAUGACAUCACGAGCGCUGAGUCAGAGAGCAGCGAAGACGAGGAGGGCGGCGAGCCGGAGGACCAGCAGGGGGCCAGCAGACAGCAGCAGCUGGAGUGGGACGACUCCACCCUCACCUACUAAACACACACAAGACACCCAAACAAGAGCUCCCGACACACACAUCAGAAACUCACUCAUACUCCCUCCCUCCCUCACACACACACUCACAAACACAGCACUCCCUGCAGUUUCAUGUCUAGGAGCCAUGAUGUAAAAACUUAACAAAAAUAAAAUUUAAAAAAUCAAGAAAAGGAGAAACAUAAAGUCCCUUCAGCGUAUAUAUGGUCAAGGUUUUCCUGUUGUUAUCUUAGUGGUGGUACUCAGUGUAGUGUAGUCAUCACCAGAUUGCUGACUUUUUUUUUUUUUUUUAUUUAUUAUAUUUUAAUUCCCAGGAAAACCUGGCUUACAUUGGAACUGUGUGAGGAAGCCAACCCUGCACUUUUUUUGUUUUCUCUCAGAUGUACGGCUUUGAAGAGCAGAGUAAUCGCUUCUCCUGAUGUAUAUUCUUUGCUAAUGCUUGUAGAUUUAUUCGCUAAACUCACAACUAGCUCCGACUUGGGUUUUCUUGACUUGUAGUCCACAGUGAAUCGAAAAUGAUGCUUUUAACAAGUAGACUACAUUUUCCUCUUCCAUUUCUUUUUUGUUUUUCUUUUUAGUGCAUGGAGAAAUUUUGGGGAAGUCAUGUGUAGAGAAAUAAAUUGCUUUUUAAAGAUUUUUGUAAAUAUAAUGAAACCAUGUAAUUAGUCAAUGUGUUAGUGAAGACCUAAUCAAUGGGGUCCAAUAUCUACGAUUAUGUAAUGUAGACUAUUUGUGUCACACAGGCUGUCGCAGCAUGCCGCUGAAUUUCUGCAAAAGCUGUUCCAUCACGCUUGUACAAAAUGUCUCGCUUCAUGAUGCGAAACCGAGGACUGUUCAGCGGAGGUUUCCAUGACAAAAAGGUGUCCAUUUCGUCCCUUUUAUUUAAUCUUUUGCGAGGAGUAAAGUAGUUUCUUUUGCUUUCUCGUAGGCAGAGGACUUAGUUGACGGUUUCAGCUUCACAUGAUGCUUUUGCUUCGCUUGCACGCGUGGCAACGCUCUACUCCUGGCUUUAGUGUUAUUUCAUUCCCAGCAGAUCUCACUGAUGUACACUGCAGAGGGAAUCUUCUUUCAGUUUCAGAAAAUGUCGUGUGGAAUCACAAAGAUCGGCUCAGCAGUGCCGUUCGUGGUGAAAAUAAGGGUACUAAAAUGUCCUCAGCAGCUUUAAAACCUUUGUCCCUGUCCCAGUCCCUGUUGUGGUUCAAGGAGAAACCCUUUCAAGCUACUGAAAGAAAAUGUUUAUGAGCUUUAGUGGAGACUGGCUGAAUUGUUGAAUUGCUGGCAAUGUUUUUUUUCUUUUCAUGGCACGGCUAUUUUACCUAAAAUAAUAAUACAUGGCCUGUAUGAAGUACAUUUUUAAACUGUUUGCUUAUUGCUGAAGCAUCGUCGUCGACGCAGGAAAACACUUUAAAAAUGAAUCUUCUUUGAAUCUUAAAGUGAGAUAUUUUUUUGCAGUAGACCACUAGAUUUUAUUGUACAUGAAACUGUACUGUAGAGUUGUUCAAAGAUAUUUGUUUACAUUUGGUAAACUUAUUUUCCUUCGGGUAUUAGUAUGAGGCUUAUGAUUGGGAAAGUGUGUCCAACCUCUUGUCUCCUCUCAGACACUGUUGUCCAUAACUGUUGUAUAUAAUCUUUCACCAGACCAGAUAAAAACGUGCCGUCACACUGAACGAUUUUAGUGUUUGUCUUUUCUGGGGGGGUACAGACUAAAAAUAUAAGCGUUUCCCAAACCUGCAUUUAUUACGACCAUGUUUGGGGCAUUGGAUUGUGCAGAAAAUGGCAUUAUCGGGAUUGGAAAAGUCUUUGCGUGCAAAUCCGUUUUCAGAGGCCAAAAUUGAUUAAAAACACCAUCAACGCUUAUUAUUGUUGUUGUAAAAAGUUUCCAGGCUACUUUUGUUUUCAGCUCAGUGAAUCCAUUUGAUUUAUUUUAUUUUAAUAGGUGUGUAUUUGAAACGUAGUGAACAGUCUCCCUUCCAUGAUGACUUUGGCUUGUUUUAAAAAACUAAAAAAAAAAAAAAAAAAUUAAAAAGGGGGGGCGCCAGGUCUGAGCCGGCUGAGAUGGGAGUGCCUUUUGCCGAUCAUAGCGUAAUUAGCUGGUCUAACAAACACACUUAUCCGUGCUCUUUUAUUUUUUUUUUAAUGCUAGAUUUCUUUCGUAGCUGGGGAGACGUUUUCUCUCAGUUUGUCGCGAUAAUAGGCCGACGCUAGUUUUAUUACAGGUGAAAACAUUUUCCAUAGAUGUCACGUGUCCUUGUUGAUGUGUAGAGGAAGUAGAUCCACAUUGUAUCUUCUAUAGAUAUUGUACUUAAAAAUCAUAUUGACGGAAUCCACCUUUAAAAGAUGUACAUUAUGAAAUUGCUUUGGCAGCAUACAGCGGGUAUACUGACCUAUUUGUGUAUAGUGGAAGGUGAGUUUCUUUCUUCUUUUUGAACAGUGUCCUGUUGCUUGAGCUGUUGAGAAACUUUUUUUUUUUUUUUUUUUUUUUUUUUUUUUUUUUGAGGGCAGCAUGAAAUUUCACAAGAGUAUAUAUGCCUGUCAGUGCCGCAAUUCUCACGGUUUCAUUGUGUCAAACACUUCAUGUCCACAUUUCAGCUACAGUUGAAAGGUUAACUAGCAUCUCGUUUUUCGGGUUGUGUGCUUUCUGGUGCGCCCCCAAUGAAUGUCACUGCCUAACAAUCUGAAAUGCAGCCAUACUGUAACAACAUCAAGAUGAAGUAAGGAAGGGUUGGUGGGUGGGGGUAUAUUGACUUUGCAUGAACCACAAGUGUGUGUACGCUCCAUGUGGGCCUAUGAGACCGGAGUGAGAAAGGAGACGUGAUACACUACUGAUUCUCAGAUCGUCUGUUUCACACAUCCAUGACACUCCAGAAAUGUUUUUUUUUCUUUGUUUUAAAAUCUGCUCAAAAUGGACGGUGACGGUGUUUUCAGCGUGGUUGGAUGUUUCCUUUGUGCUUGUUGGAGCUGCUCUCUUUUCUACCAGUUGAAAGGCAAAUGUAGUGAAGUUGAUGCUUGCUCGUAAGCAAAAUAAAGGAUGAUGAGAUGGGGUAUAA